AUGGAUACAAUUCCUGAAUUUUUACAAAAAGUUAAACAGCAAUACUUGCAGCAAGUCAGCUUGGAUCAGUUUCAGUGGGUAACAUCUGACAACGAAUGGCUGACGUUGGCUAAGCCCUUUGCACAGGCUUAUUUAAGUGAAUUUUUGUAUCCAUCUAUCUAUACUAAGUUAUUUUUGAAAUCCUAUUUUCGACUACUUGAUAUACACUGUCAAAACCAUGCGGAGCCCAACGAGACGCUUUUGUACAUAUACAUAGAGUCACUCUCGAGCAAGCAAAUACCUCCUGUGCAAUAUACCUUGGGUGAUUAUUCAGUUCAAGUGUACGAGUCUCAGAAUAUUUUGUUACGAGAAGGGACCACUGGCACACGUACUUGGGAAGCUGGAAUGGCUCUUGCGGAACUGCUAUAUCAGAACCCUAUACCUCCAGGGACCCGAGUUGUGGAACUUGGUGCUGGUACUGGCUUAGUCAGUAUAUUAUGCUCAAAAAUGGGAGCUUCUGUAUUGGCCACUGACGGAGAUAAUAAAGUUUGUCAGGGUGUAAAAGAAAACGCUCAUAUGAACAAGUGUGCGCUUUCUGUUCAACGCUUGCUUUGGGGUGUUGAUCCGCCUGUUUACGCUGAGCUUGUCCUUGCAUCAGACGUUACAUACGAAGGUGAUUUACGAUGUUUAGCGACUACGAUGAAUGACCUUACUCAAGUCAAUCCUCGUUGUAAGAUUCUUUUAGCCGCUGCACUUCGAAGACAGGAAACAAUUGAUAACUUCUUACAGUUGAUCCCCAACUUUAAUGUACGAGUUUUAACAAACAAAAAUUACACAAAGCUCCUUUAUUACAAUAGUCCUCCUGUUAUUUUCUAUGAGAUUUCCCGGUAA